UGACACUAAAAGUCAUGCAUUGUGGUGUGAUGAAAAAGGAACUGCCUGGUUAGAUUAUGCUUUAAGUAAAAACAGACUUGGUGUCAUCAAUAAUGAAAAAAAGUUUUACAGCCUCUUAGGUUAAUUUACUAUUCAAGCUUUUAGGAAGUAGUGUGGCUUGUAAUUGGCAUCACACCAGGCAGCAUAUCCAUGGAUUAUAGUAAUGUUUCUGUGGCAAUUAACAAUAAAUAGUACAUCUUUUGAAUGGUGAAAAGUGCAACAUGGUGUUGAGAAACCGUAAGCUGAGAACCAGAAAACCAGGAAAAAUUCAGUAAAGCCAACAAAUGUUUUUAUGAAAGGGUUUAUAAAAGUAGUUUAAACAUAAAACUGAAUCUGACACAUACAAGAUACUAAAACAAAAUCCUUUAAAUGUAGAAAAUAACUAAAUCGCACAUAAAUUCAUCCAAUUGGCCACCCAACUAAACAAGGUCACUUACACCUGCGGGGAUUUAUUUAUAAAUGUAAGCCCUAUUUUUAUUACUAUUUUGCAUAAUAAAAGUGUCUCCUUACCCCACCUAUUUGCACAAUGACUUGCAUGAUAUAACUCAUUGAUUACUCCUGUACAUAUUCAGAAUUUCACUGAGUCAGGAGUGGUCAGCAGACAAGAAAGAGCCUCUCCCAUCCUCCUCCUCUUCCUUCUUCUCCGCAUAUUCCAGCUUCUCAUCCUGGAGCAGGAAGAGGGAGGGGCUUAGAGAAGUGGCAAACCUGGAGAGUACACACCCACCAACACAAAACACGCUGAGCACCUCGGAGUUGGCAGAGGGACAGUCUGAGCACACGUGGGAUAGCUUUUGCACUUUUGGAAGCCCGAGGGAGUGAACAGAUGUGACUUCAAGUUUCUUUGUCUUUAAGGUUAUUUUGAAGAUUAUUGAAGCUCAUCAUGAUGGACCAGACUUCCCAAGUGUGGCACGUGCCUAUUGGCCCACUAGAAGAUGCUGGGCCCCUGCAGAAAAAGAUCUCCAUAACCGGCCAACCAGAGUGCUCCAUCUGCUACAACAGUUACGACAACAUAUUCAAGACACCCAAACUCCUGGACUGCACCCACACCUUUUGUUUGGAGUGCCUGUCUCGUCUCAUGGCGGUGUCCAUUGACCAGGACGACGCGGGGGGUAGCACCUAUCUUUCGUGUCCGUUCUGUCGUCAGCCCACCGUGCUCACAGCGGCAGGACCCCCGGCUUUGACCACGAGCCGUGAAGUUCUCAACAGUUUACCUACGCACCUACAACACGAAGAGACGGUGUGGAUGGAGGGACAAAAACUAUGCUAUGAAAGAAGAGACUCUGCUAACGGGGAGCCGGAUAGCCCCACUGCGUUCUGUAUUUGUAUUGACAUUGGGGUGAGUAAGUCUGUAGACAUCCCACCACAACCCCCAACCAGGUCAAUGGGGUUUUUUAGCAGGGUUUCUGAUUGGAAGCGCAUUGUGUUGUUUACACUGGCGAUGGUUUUAUUAGUGGUGGUUGUGCUAUGGCCUCUGCAGUGCGUUUUUACCACAGGGAAUAUGCGCUGUGUGCCCCCCAAAACCACCCCGGCCCCCACCAUGGCCUUCCCCUUCACACAACAAGGGGGGCUCAAGUAAAAGGGAGCCACCCUCUCAAAGCGGCCCUCUCUCAUUAUUAAUCUGUUUUCGUUUUUUCUGUUCAUUCUUAUAGCAGUCACUAACGUCUCACAUUGUUGAAAUAAUUGAAGGUUAAAGCUGUGUUAUUUAGCUUUUCUGAUAUUUGCACAGAUAUGUUAUUGCUUUGUCUGAAAAGUUCCACAGUACAGCAUUAAACUGAGCUAUCUUCAUAGAGAGAAACAGGUAAUGCUAUCAGGUCAAGUUCUUAUUAUUCUUAUUUAUUUAUUUUUUCUUUCACUUUUUUCAUGUAUUCUCUCAGCAAUAAUACACCUGUAAUUAAAAAAUGAAAGAUAAGUUACAAUAGAACAUUCCAGAGAAAGCAAUACCAUCUUCAUGGAGUAUAAUUUUACAUAAUGCACCUUUAAGACUGAUAAUGAUAGUGGAUCUUUAAUGUCUAACCUUCACCAGAAAAGUUGCACAGUGCACCUUUAACUAAAUUAAAAUGCAGUCAAAUUAAGUCAAUCCUUCACUUCAAAUGACUUUUCAACAUUAUAUUAGAAGGCAUUUUUUGUAACUCAGUUCAAAUUAGUUCUUUAUUGUGCAUCCAUUGUGUUAUUUGACUUCUGACUAUCUGAUAGCAAAAGCAACAAUUUGUCUUGCAAGAUAACACCUUUAUUGUUAAGCUGUAUCAACGACUUUAAAAUACACACAAAUAAAUACAUAAUGUUUUUUCAAAUGUCACUCUGGCCAUUUUUCUUGGAAAUAUCACCAAUUUGCUUCGUGGGACAAAAACGGCAACACCAACCAAGAAUUUCCAAGGACUUCACAUUGUUUCCCCUCUCUUUGUCUCUCCGUACUGAGACAUGAACUACAGGCAUCAUCACAUAUGUUUCUUGCACUUUAAUCAACCGCUGUGAUCCGUCAUGAUCUUGGCAAACACACAAACGCAAAGGAAUCAAUUUUUCCAAGUGUCCUUAAACGUGACAUUCACACACUGACAUUUACAGAUGAAAUGUGAACUUUGCUUUGUGCGGUUGCCUGGAAAUCCAUCAGAAAAAAUACAAAACUGAUGAACUGUUCAUUCUGUACAUAUUUUUUUUAAUGUUUUUGUUUACAAAAUAAAGAAGUUGAAAAUUUUGAAA